UGCUUUGUUGUAGGCUUCUACAAGGUUUCCUACAGAAUUAGUAAGUGUGGAAAUGGAGCCGAGCUGGAGUACGUUUCUUUUUCAACAGGCCAAUGAAGCCCUCCACCACCAGCAUCAUGUGGCCCAGAACAGCCUGCUGCCACUUCUCAAUGCAGGAGUCGAACAAAUUGACCAGAAGCCUAUCCUGCCCAUCCACAUAGAACAGAAGCCCCCGACCAGCGCUGCAGAACUCCUUAAAGACAAUGUGGCCAGCGGAGGAGGCGGGCGGCCACAAGUUCCCGUCAUUAAGAAGGAACACAAAGGCAAGACGCCGUUCGUCUGUGGCUACUGCAACAAGGCCUUCCGCGACAGCUACCACCUGCGGCGCCAUGAGUCCAGCCACACUGGCAUCAAGAUGGUGUCGCGGCCAAAGAAGACCGCCAACCAGUCAGCCCCAACCAUGGUACCCAUGAUCUCCACCAUGUCACGAGACCACAACGGCCACCCCUCCUACAUCUCCACGGUGGCGGGAAUCCUCUCCACGGCGACCACCUCGGUUUCCUCGGGCGCGAGCAUCAUGACGUCGUCGGCAAUGGGCAACAUGCAGCAGCAAAACACCCCCAAGAAACCCGCCAAACCGGUCAAGAAGAACCACGGGUGUGAGAUGUGCGGCAAGGCCUUUCGCGAUGUCUACCACCUGAACCGCCACAAGCUGUCCCACUCGGACGAGAAGCCUUUCGAGUGCCCCAUCUGCCAGCAACGCUUUAAGAGGAAGGACCGCAUGACCUACCACGUUCGCUCUCAUGACGGGGGGGUCCACAAGCCUUACGUUUGUUCAGUGUGUGGGAAAGGCUUUUCCAGGCCAGACCACUUGAGCUGCCAUGUGAAGCAUGUGCAUUCCUCAGAAAGACCGUUCAAAUGUCAAGUAACGGCCUGUACCUCUGCUUUUGCCACCAAAGACAGACUGCGCUCCCACAUGAUCAGACAUGAGGGCAAGGUGACCUGCAGCAUCUGUGGGAAGAUGCUGAGUGCAGCGUACAUCACCAGCCAUCUGAAGACUCACGGACAGACCAACUUCAACUCCUGUAACAAAGAGGGUAACGGAGUCUGCAACUCUAACUCGGCUACACCCGUGACCAUCUCUGCCCCCAUCACCUCUUCGAUGAACCGGGGCCACUCCAACCACCCAGUCACCAUCGCGGCUCAAAUGAACAUAAGCACCAACACGGUGAACGUGAUGUCUGCGAUGGGCCUCCAGCACCCGGUCACCAUCAGCGGGCCCGUCAACAUCUCCUCCCUCAACAUCCCCACAUCGGGGGCAAUGAAUAUCGCCCACCCGGUCGCCCUAACGACCGCCAUGUCCAUGAAUAUGGGUGGUCCGCUCAACAUCGCCAUGAGAUCAAUGGAUAGCAUGCCUUUUCUGUCCCAAGUCUUGCCUUCUUCCCCACCCUGGUAACGUGGAGGGUGUUGAACUGGGCCAGAAAGAAAGGGAAAAUGAAGUUAAACAAGAGACUCCUGUCCUCCCCCCAACCCCUACACCCCUCCAUUAUGU